UCUCUCUCUCUCUCUCUCUAAGAUAAUGGAAUCUUCAUCUUCAUCUUCAUCUUCAUCUUCAUCUUCACCUUCCUGCUUGAGCCAAAUUCAUCCAUGCAGCCCAAGCAACCCUAAUUAUCCAUCACAAGCGUCGACAUGUGCAUCGCACAAGCGAAAGGCGGGGAGAAAGAAAUUCAAAGAGACACGCCACCCAAUAUACAGAGGUGUCAGGCAAAGAAACGGUCAAAAAUGGGUCUGUGAAGUACGUGAGCCGAGCAAGAAGACAAGAAUAUGGGUAGGCACCUUUCCCACCCCGGAAAUGGCCGCUAGGGCACAUGACGUGGCCGCCUUGGCCCUACACGGAGAUUUAGCCGCCCUCAAUUUUCUCGACUCGGCUUGGCUUCUUCCGCGAGCCGACUCAUCUUCUCCCAAGGAUAUACAAGCGGCCGCCUCCGCUCUUCUAAGAGAUAAGAGGCUUCUUGAAGCUUCUGAUUUGGUGAAGGUGCAUUGUGUAGAGAGCAAAAAGAAGGUUCUGAAGCCUUUGUCGUCGUUGGAUGUUUUGUGCGGUGAGAGCUCUGAGGAUGUUCCUAAGCAGCCUAGGUCCACGUUUUUCUUGGACGAGGAGGCAUUGUUCAAUAUGCCCGGUUUGUUGGACAGCAUGGCAGAGGGCUUGAUUCUUACACCACCAGCCAUGCGAAGAGGAUUUGAUUGGGAUGACAUGGCUGCUGACAUGGACUUAACUUUAUGGCACUGACCUUUUUUAUUUUUAUUUUUUAUGAAUAAGAUUAAUGUAAACUAAAUAAAUGAUAAAAAUAAUUCUUCUUCCCAUCUUUCACUCGUCUCCAUAUAGUGAAUAAGUGAAUCUACCAUUGAAUUUUUGUGAGAUUCGCAUGAGUCCACAAAUCCAAUAGUAGAUUCAUUGAAUUUGCAAAAAAAAAGAUGGUUGGAAGAAGGUUGAGAAAAUGAUAUGUACUAUGCCUAUGUAAACUAUUAUUAGCUAGGAAAAAGGAUGAUG